AAAGUGCAUUGCUGCAUGUUAUAUAGUUUGCUAAAUUCUUAAUUAGUUUACUGCUUAUUACUACGCAGUUAUUUCUAGAGUGUGUUGAGAAUUAAAAAAACAGCUGAUAAAUGUAGACAGGCAUGUCAGACGCUAAUGUCAUGAAUUUUUGUCAUUUUUUGUCAGGUAGUUCUGAAAACUGUCACAAUUAUUUGGUUUCUACUUCCUCUGUAUUUUGGCAGUGUAACAGUAAAAUUAAAGGCUGAUAACGCCAUCCAAAAUGUUGGACAUUUUAGAUGAUAUGGACCGACCCGGACAAACUGGGUAUUUACUAUUAAAUGACGAGGGGGCCGUGCUUUCUUCAUCUGGAGAUCUAGAAAACGAUGAAAGAACAGCCGCUACUAUUAUGGGAUUGAUAAAUCUCACUUCUCAGGUAGAUUCGAAAGCAUUCCCGCCUGAAGAAGGUUUCAAGAAACUAUCCUUCGUCUAUGACGAUCACUGCUAUAUUAUCUGUUUGUCUAACAGAAAAAUACAUGUUGUUAAGAAAAAAUUGCCAACAGAUAUCCCUUCGAAUAUAGUUUGAGAUAAUAUAUCAAAUGCAUGUUAUAAUAUAUUUAACGAAGAAAAAAUGUAUCCAGAUAAUUAUUCUUUUUGGGGCAAUAUGUUUCUCUCUAUAUCAGUUGUAUUCUUUGUUAAACAAUAUGUAACAUUGAUAUAAAUUUAUUUUAUCUGGUGGUUCAUCUCUUUUACAC